AUGGUGCAGGAAGGACGGAGCUGUUGCCUCCUCAUCAGCUGCAUGUUGUUCAUCGUGCUAACGGUCGCUCACAGUCAGGAGGACGAGAGGCGUGCAGUGGCGGAGCAUCAGUUGAUGCAUGAUCGUGGUCGCUCCAUUCAGAGUCUGAGGAGACUGAUUUGGCUCUCCAGCGCCAUCGAGAGGCUGCACACAGCAGAGCCGCGCUCUUUACCCUCCUCUCUCUCCUCCUUCACGAAAUAUGAUGAUGAGGGGAAUGAGGAAGAUGCCUUCAGAUAUCAUCCUGUGAUGGACAGCGGCGUCCACCAGGGGGCGCUGGCGCUGAGAGACAUGCACAGGGCACCAAGGAGAAUCAACCCAACACACUGCACUGACUCCAGCAAACACUGA